AUGAUCACCCCGGACUUCGACGUCACCCAGUCGGAGACGCACCUGCACCUGCGAGCGCACACGCCGCAUCUGUCCCUGCGGUCGGCGGAGCACGAUGCGCCGGAGACCUCGCAUCCGAAUGGCAUCGACAUCGCGGUGGCCGAGGACUCGCUGCGCGUGCACGCGCGGCCGUACUUCCUGCGCCUCUACCUGCCGGGGCUGCUGUCCGAGGUGGAGGAAGACUGGCGGGUCAGCUAUGACAUCGGGUCUGGUUGGCUGGACGUCGUGGUGCCGAAGGCCAAUCCCGGCGAGUGGUUUGACGGCCUGGACAUGCAGUCGCGCCUGCUGGCGACCCGCCGGCAGCGCGAGCAUAUGGACCACCUGGGCAUGGGCAUCACCGGGGAAAAGGUGAUCCGCGGCGGCGGCGGCGGCGGCGGCAGCACCACCGAUGCCACCGGCCCGGGGCCCGGGGCCGGGUUUCCCUCGGCCGGGCCCGCGGUCGAAGUUGUGUCCUCGGCCAGCCACACGGUCGACACCGAUGCGGCGCUCGAUGCGCUGAACCUCGAUGAACGCCUUCGCCUUGGGAGCCAGGCCUUCCCGGAUGACUUUGACUGGGAGCUGGACCAGGCCGAGGGCGCCGGGUCGGCUCUCGGGGCGCUGCGUAACAUCGCCCUGGGCGACAUGCCGGGGGUGGGGUUCGCUGAGUCGCUGGUGCCACCGGCGCCGGCCGGCGCGACGCCCAUCUCCACCGACCGGCUGAACCCCUUCUUCGGGCUCGGGUCGGCGGAGGUUCUGAUCUGUCUGCCGCUGCCGGUCCGGGCGCUGGACCGGGACCCGCUGCUGACCUUGAGUUCGGGGCCCGGGGUGGCCGGGCGCCGGCGGGCGCUUCGUCGCCUGGCCGAAGCGGCGAAGUUCUGCCCGGAGCAUUAUGCCAGUGACUUCGCCGACGAGUCGGGGCUGGUGGCCGAGAGCCUGGCUUUUCGGACCUACUGGCAGGACCGGGCACAGGACCUGGCCGGGGUCCGGCGAGCGGUCCGGGCUGCCAUGGCCACCGAAGGGGGCGAUCUCCCGGCGGAGGAGCGUAAUCGGCGGACGGCCGCCGCGGUGGCCACUGCCACCGCGGCGUUCUGGGGCCCCGUGGCCUCGGAUGCCAUGCUGGCUGGGCCUGCCAGCGGGGAGCUCUUGGUCCGGUCGGUGCCGGUGGCCGCCGGCGUGGCAGUCGACAUCCCGCAAUUUGGCUAUUCGGCGCGCGAGUCCAAGCAGCUGCGCGAGCUGCCGCGUGGGGGCGCUCCCCCCGUUGCCGACCCCCGGGCGACCCUCUUGGGCCUGAUUGACCUGCUCUUCUGCUACAGCUACAACCUGCGCGUGUGCCAAGGCGAGUCAACGGUCGAAUCGGCCUGGACAUGCGUGCAUGUGAGCCCCAUGCUGGCCGGGUUGGAGACGUAUGCCGCCACGCCGCUGGCGCGCAUUCUGCGCGAGGCCUUCGCCGAAUUCGCCGACGCCGAGGACCUGGCCGGGGAGCACGCCGACCGGGAGCCCUUCCCCCCGGGGGCAGCUCCCCCCCCAUUGAUGGAGUACCUCGAUGAGGACCUGCUGGCGGAGGUUGGCCGGGCGGGGGAUCUGCCCGGGCGCCUGGUGGCCGAGCACCAGGCGGCGGUAGCCGCGCGGUUGGGCUGGGGCGCGGCCGGGGCCGUGCCGACGCCGACCGGCGCCCCAGCCUCAGGGGCUCUGCUUUCCUUCGAGGCAUCGGAUCCCCCCUCGGAUGCCAUCAAGGAGGAUGGCGCCCCGGCGUGGCAGCCAGCCGGCCGGGAAGCCGACGCCUCGCGCAAGCGCCCCUUCCUCAUUGAGGUCCUCGGUGAUGGGAGCGAUUCGGACGCGCCAGCUCGUCGGGGGCCGGGCUCCAUGUCGGACUCCGAGGAGAGUGGCGUCCUGGCGGGCGACACCAUUGGCGAGAUUUCGGCCGCGCUGGGCUGGUCGGUGUGCGCGGCGGCUCCUCUGCGCCAUGAGGCCGGGCCCACGGCCGGGGCCAUCCUCGGUGAGGCCCUGACGGGCUUCGAUCCUGUGGAUGUCGACUCCGACGAUGGCGAUGGCGAGAGUGUCGGCAUGGUGGCACAGGAUGCGUCGGCCCCUGUCCUGGGCCACUCGGUCCCCAGCGAGAUGAAUGUGGAUUCGGACAUGUCGAUGUCUGACUCGGACUCGGACUCGGACUCGGACUCGGACUCGAGCUCGGAUUCGGAUUCAGAUUCGGAUGACUCGGACUCGGACUCGGACUCGGAUGACGAGGACUUCCGGGCUCGCGAGCCGGCCACCUUGGCUGGUCUCUUUGGCCCGGCGGCCACGCCACGCGAGGUUCUGCUCGGGUGCAUCCGCCGUGCGCUGGCCUUCCCCUUCCUGCGGCACUGGGACCUGGCCGCGCGGGCGGUGGCCCGUGACGUGGUCACCCUCCUGCAGCUGGGCCGUCCGGCGGUCCUGCGCGCCCUGCUGGCCUUGCUGUACAUGCUGGAGCGGGACGACCGCUUCGGCCCGCUGGCGCGCGUCUGGCUGCGGGACUACUGCCUGUGGAUUCAGUCUGUCAGCGACACCGCCCUCGCCGGCAUGGCGGACAGCCUCCUGCGGUCGGUGGCGGCCCUGCGCAAGGAGGACCUGACCGGCUGGCCGGUGCAGGAGAUCGAGGACUACGUUUCGUGAUGCAAUAUCAUGUGAUCACCCAUCGAGCUGUCUGCGC